AUGAGCUGUGCCUUUUUCUCAAGGCUAUUAAUGUUGGUCUUGGCUACCCCAGCUUUCAGUGUCAUCUCUGGCCCUAAAGCCUCUCUGCGUUUCUCCAGAUUCUUGGAUCCUUCCAAUCUGAUGUACCUACUCUGGGACUUUGAUAUUAAGGCUGAAAUGAUCACUUUUGAGUUACGGGUGCAGACAACUGGCUGGGUGGGUCUCGGUAUCACUAACCGCUACACCAAUGUGGGGGCUGAUCUAGUGGUCGGGGGAGUCUUACCUGAAGGCAACAUAUACUUUUCCGACCACCAUGUUGUGGAUGAUGACACCUUGGAGGAAGAUGGGAGCCAGGACGCCAAGCUGCUUUCUCUGACUCAGGAUGCUGCCUACACCACCAUGCGCUUCUCUCGGCCCUUCCGCUCUUGUGACCCUCAUGACCGGGACAUUUUGGAUGAAACUAAUCGGGUCCUGGCAGCCUAUGGGUUGGAUGACACAAUACGACUAGAAAGGAAUAGGACCUUUGUCAAGUCUAUCUAUCUGCUACAAAUUAUUCACCCUGAUGAUCUCACAACUCCAGGAAUUACCAUCAUACAUGAUUUAGAGAUCCGUGAUUUUCUUAUCCCAGAAGAUGACACAACCUAUAUCUGCACCUUUCUUCCUCUGCCCAUCGUCAAGAAGAAGCAUCACAUCUACAAGUUUGAGGGGAAAAUAACUCCCCACAAUGAGACAAUGGUGCAUCACAUUCUGGUUUACGCUUGUGGCAAUUCCAGUUCCCUCCCUACCGGUCUAAAUGAUUGCUAUGGUGGUGACCCUGCCUUCUCCCUCUGCUCCCAGGUCAUCAUAGGCUGGGCUGUUGGUGGCAAUAUAUAUCAGUUCCCUGAUGAUGUGGGUUUCUCCUUGGGGACUGCUUUGGACCCUCAAUGGAUCCGGCUAGAGGUUCACUACAGCAAUUUCAAUGGUCUGACAGGUGUCUAUGACUCUUCUGGCAUCCGUCUCUAUUACACCCCUGAACUUCGUCGCUAUGACGUUGGUGUUCUUCAACUUGGUUUCUUCACUUUUCCCAUACACUUCAUCCCCCCAGGAGCCCAGAAUUUUCGCUCCUAUGGUCUUUGCAAAACAGGCCAGUUUGAAGAGAUGAAUGGGGAGCCAAUUCCUGACCUACGGGUCCAGGGCUACAUGCUUCACACUCACCUGUCAGGGAGACGUAUCAAGGCCGUGCAGUAUAGGAACGGCUCCCAGCUGCGGAUAAUCUGCAAGGACGAUGCCUAUGACUUCAACCUGCAAGAGGUCCGAGAUCUGAAGGAGGAGGUUGUGAUCAAGAUGGGAGAUGAGCUGCUGGUGGAAUGUGACUACCAGACCCUGGAUCGUACCAUGCUGACUUUUGGUGGCCCAAGCACUUUAAAUGAAAUGUGUUUGAUCUUCCUUUUCUAUUAUCCUCGAAACAACAUUUCCAGCUGCAUGGGCAUGCCAGAUAUAAUGCAUGUUGUACGGGAGUUGGGUCAGGACCCUGCAGAUAACAUGGAAGCAAUGGUGAUGUUGAAUGAUAUUGAGUGGAACAAUGAGAGUAUCCAGAAGGCAGAAGAAGUCUGCAGAGAUUCAGAACAGGUGGUAAUCAUAAAGAGUGUGAAUGAAGUGGUGAGAAAUGAAACUGGCUGGAUUCCCUCCAUCAUAUCUCCACCUCGGGGUCCUUGUUUGGAAUCUUCAGGAGGCAAAGUGGAGUCCCAGGACAAUUUAAGUUUCCGAAGUAUCUCCAAAAUUCCUUCAGACUCUAGUCCUUCCAGCCCCAUUCACCAGUUCUUCUCUUCUGUACUUGUGGUAACAUCGACUUUGUUUGGGAUCCUCACUGGUUUCCUUGGUGAGAUCUGAGCUUCAGGAUCACAUCCUACCCCCACCUCUCUAUACUUGUGAUUUUCUUUUAUGCCAUCCCCAAACCUGUCAAUUUUUGGCUCUUGAUCCAUUACCUCUCUUUGCAAAACCUUCU